GUUAGAACGUUCUAACUACCCUCGUCCACGCCUGUGUCAGUCGAAACAUGGGAACCAAGCAAGAGGCUGCGUGUGAAAAGAAUCUGGUACAGUUCUUUAUGGUGUGGCUGUUGAAGAGCAGCAUCCUCACCAAGGAUGAGUUCGCAACCAUGCCGGGGGACGUCUGCCGAAAUUUAUCUCGUAUACGCUUAGAAAAACCAAUAAAAAGUCUCGACGCGCUGUUCAAUAGGUUCCUAGACGAGGGAACCAAAAAAUUGCAGGCAGAAAUGAGGCAACGAAGAAUCGGAUCUGAGAAAAGGAAGAUAGAAGACGUGGACGAAACCGAUUGCGACCUCCGUCGACCAAAGAAGCUAAUGAGCAACGUGCGAAACGUCAAAAUGCUGGAGUCCCUAUUCCGUUUCUCGAGAAAACCAAAGGGUUCGAAAUCGGUGAAACACGCCAAAGUCUUGAUAAUUAACAACGAGCAUUUCGACGAGACGAAACACCUCUUCAGGACCGGAUCCAGCGUCGACGUUGAAAAUUUAAAACGAUUAUUCAAAGCUGAUGGAACGGAAGUGAUAGACCAUAAGGAUAAAAGUCGCGAAGAAAUCAGAACGAUCGUCAGGGAAUUUGCCGAAAGCGAAAUCCAACAGGACUCUGCCUUUGUGUUCGUGAUGAGCCACGGCGAGGAUUUGGGUACCGAUACGUCUAUAAUAUGCAACGAAAAAGAUCAAGAAACUAACCGAUUGACGGUGAAUGAAAUAGUGGAUUAUUUCUCAAGGGAUAAAUGCCAUCGGUCGUUCCGCGGAAAACCGAAAAUCUUCCAUUUCAACUUGUGCAGAGGCAAGCUUCAAGAUGAGGUUCCAGAGGAAGGGGACUACCACAGAAAUCUAGAAGAUGUGCUAAUUGUGCAUUCCACUUUACCUCGUUCAGUGUCGCAUCGCAAUCCUAAAAAUGGCUCGCGUUCUGUGGAGUCUAUAUGCGCUGUGUUUGACCAACAGGACGGUUCUCAACCCAUCGACAGAUUAUUCAGUAUGGUCGAUCAACGGUUGAGGGAGAACAGGAGAGGCGGCGUAGUCCAGACGUUGGAAAUCCAGAACAUUGGUUUUAACACGUUAUUUUAUCUCCCGCCUCGUCGAAAAAAGUCACAAAAGAAAAAGGCUGUCAAUAAGGACUAUUCUGUUUACUGAACAUGUCUGCCAUAAACUUCACCUUUUAAAAUUAAAAUUGUAUUAUUUUUUAAAUUAAAUUUCCACUAAUGUAUC